AUGAAAGAAACAGGAAGAAGCUGGUUUACAUUCAGAAGAUUUCCUCAGACACACAGCAGACAGACAAAUGUCCACCUAGAUGUCCACUCAGGUGUCCACCUAGAUGUCCACUCAGGUGUCCACCUAGAUGUCCACUCAGAUGUCCACCUAGAUGUCCACUCAGGUGUCCACCUAGAUGUCCACUCAGAUGUCCACCUAGAUGUCCACUCAGAUGUCCACCUAGAUGUCCACUCAGGUGUCCACCUAGAUGUCCACUCAGAUGUCCACCUAGAUGUCCACUCAGAUGUCCACCUAGAUGUCCACUCAGGUGUCCACCUAGAUGUCCACUCAGAUGUCCACCUAGAUGUCCACUCAGGUGUCCACCUAGAUGUCCACUCAGGUGUCCACCUAGAUGUCCACUCAGAUGUCCACCUAGAUGUCCACUCAGGUGUCCACCUAGAUGUCCACUCAGGUGUCCACAUAGGUGAGGCAGCAGACGUAAACUUUGUCAGAACAAAUGUGAGGCGACAGCAGAACUUUGGCAACACGUGAGGCUGAAGGUU